AUGUCUUCAUCCAGCGCUGGUGAGGGGACCAGCUCAUCGUCUGAUGCGGCUAGUGAUGACGGCAGUGGGCUUGAAAGUGGGGCAGACUCAGCGGGCCCAGAAGACACCUCUCCUGUGAGAUCUGGAGAAUCCGCCUCCACCAGCUCUACGACAUCGACGUCAUCCUCCGAGCCAGAGGCCCAGCCAAAGGAAAAGCAAAGUCAGUGUAGCCAUUCGCCGGAGUCAGAUGCCACCAGCUCAUCAGAGUCAGACGCUGCCAAAAAGCCGGCGGUGCUCGCAAAGCCUUUGGGUGCACAGCUAGAAACAACCGAAGCUCACGUCGAGCGGCAUUGUUUCCCAGCCCAUGUUCGUGAUUGUGAACGGUGCCGCUAUGUCAGAAACCGCUCUCAGUGGGAAGAAGAUGCAACGUAUGUUGACCCAAGGUCUGGUUUGAAACAGGUCUGGCUGGUGGAGCAACCACGUCCACUUCAAAAGCCUUGGCAUUUGGGCUGCGCAAUAUGUAUGCAGGCCAACAUGGGUGGUCGUUUUGGCCGCUGCAAAGGUGGAGCCAAACUGUCCAACAUCAGGCGGCAUGGUGAAUCAGCCGGCCACCGGGCCGCGCUUGCCCAGCUUCAUUUGUCUUCAGACCGAUUGGGCGCCAGCCCAGACUUGGUUGGUGAGGGUUUGACAGCUGCGCAUGUGCUUUUCCAACGGGAGCUUAUAGCCCAUGGGGGCAGCUUUGAGUCAUUUUCACGGUUCUGCAAGACUGCCAAAUUUGCAGGCGCUGACUUGGGCUUUGGCUCUGUCGGGCCGAAGAUUUCCAAGCAAUUGACUGCUGUCUUGGCUGAUAUGGAAACCAUGAUCACAGGCGCUUUGUUGAGAAACACUUCUGUUCUUGGCUUCAUGCAGGAUGCGUUGGGCAGCCAUGUGGCCUGCCGGCUUCGCAUGGUCGUUUGGAAGCUCCCCCGAUGUGUUGAGGCAGCACUUGAUGGGCUUUUGCCACGAGGUGUUUUGGCGCUCGGCCCAAGAGGCCCAUGGUUUGUGGACCGUUUGGCCUGCCUAGCUUCGCUUGGCUCUGAUCAUGGCGCUGGUGCAAAGAAGGCGAUCAUGAGGGAAUGCUUGGCCAAGGUUAGUCCAGAUCCCGCAACUUUCAAGCUCGCUUCUAAAGUCUUGCGUUUCUAUGCCAGUGACGCAUGCCCCACUGAAGUUCGUGCAGCUGAGCUGAGUCAGAUGGAGGACUUUCCAAAUUUGAAGUUCCACAGCACAGAUGCAUCGCAUGGCUCCUUGGUGGCGCUUAAGACGGCCUUCCGCUCAGAUCCGGAAGUGGCUUUGGUUGAUGAGCUUUUGAUUUCCGGCAAAAAGCCACCAAGCUUGGCCAAGUUGUUGCGGACAAGCAGCAAGAUGCAGUCGUUUUUCAAAGAGGCAGAGCUUUCAGAAGCCGUUGCUGUGCUUUCUCAUUUCGGCUUUGCUCCACAAAGAUUUGACAGUCGAAAAGUUCCUUUAGGGCGCAUAGCCACAAGGCUUCGCCAGGCCUUCGCGGCCCUGGCUGAAGAAGCUGAGCAUUGCGGAGAGGAAACGCGGCGAAAUGGAGCCACACACUUGUUGAACGAGCUCACUGGGGAGAAAUCCAUGCGCUUGGUAUUAGGGGCCAUGAUGGCAGACCUGGCCCACGAACACUCCAAGCACGUCCACACAGGCGACAAGAACCAAUGCGAUCCCAUGAUGCUGGAAAAGGCCGAGCAGCUUUUCUUGGCCCGCCUGAAAGUCCUUUUUCAGGACGGUCUGAUCCUGACAUCGGCUGCCCGUCAGACCUUCACGGGACAGGUUCUCAAGUUCUUGUCGGAGCCAAAGCUUUUGUUUUUCAAGAAGAAGGCGUUGGUGCUCUCCUUGGGUGCUUUGGAUCGUGACGACGAGCUUUUCCAGCCAUUGAACCGCAUGAGGUUGGUUGUGCAGGCUGUCACUAAGAUGCUCCAAGCCUCGCGCCCUUCAUUUUCCUGGGGCAAGAGAUUCUUGAGUUUUUUGUUGCCGUCGCCUUUGCUGCUCCGUCGUGAUGACCCAGCCCGGGCGCAGGCAGAACAGCGGCUCCAAGAAAUUCUUCGGGCAGGCUGUUGGGACGAAGCUUUGGCGAUGAAAGAGCUCCGGACGCUGGCGGCUGUAGCUACUUCGCACUUUAAGCGAGGUGCCCGUGAGUUGGAGGCAUGGGGUCGGGCUUCGGCAGAUUUUCCUGAGGUUUUGUGUGGCAGGGAGCUCGUUUCUCUUUUCUUGGGCUUCACCGAGUCCACGUGUGAAGUGGAAAGGUCUUUGAAGGAGGUUGGAUUGCAAACGCUUCGUGAGAGAAGUGGCUUGCUAGACACAAGCCUGGAGAGUUUGCUUGUAGCCAACCAAGCGCCGCAUGACUUUGUGUACAAGAAAAAGAAUGCUGCAGGCGACGUGGUCCUGGAGCCCCGAGGUCGGUACCUUCCAGAUCUCCUCAAGAAGUACCGGGACCAAUUUGGCUACAAGCUGGCACGUGGAGACCGCAAGACCAGGCGGGAUGCAGGUGUUGCAAAGGACCCGGAGGUUCUGAAAGAAUUCUUGCGGGACCGUGAGGCCGCGAUCGUUGCCAUGGUCCAACUUGGCCCAGAAGAGCGCGAGCGGCUCACCAAGACCUCUUUGCUGCAAAGACCUGUUCCAAAGGAGAGUGAGCAGGAGCUGGCUUCUUUGAAGACCGUGGCAUUUGCUAAGAUGGAGGAGAAAGCAGACAAGACAUGUCAACAAAAGCGAGACCGUCAGGAAGAGAUUCUUGAAAGGCCAGAGCGAACUGCCAAAAAAAGUCGUGCUGAAGAGCCGCAAGGCUCGAGGUGGGCGGGGGGAUUGAAGCCUCCGCAAGGCAAAGUUGAUCGCCCAGUUCCUGGCGUGGCUUUGGUCGCAACAGCGCAGACCACUUCAAAGCUUCAAAGGCUUGGGUUUCGUGUUGUUCUUUUGGGCAGCGACCCGCAGUCAGGGGCAGUGAAGUUUCUGCAGGAGGCCUUCAAAUUGGAAAGCCUUCGAAGCGUGACUCAUUUGGUGCUGUGCACGGACUAUGUGGCUGACAACCACGCUCUGCUGGGCGCAGCAGCCCGGCUGGCUGGUGCCUUUUUUUGCACUGAAGCUGCUUUCGCCAAAUGUCCGAUGAGCCCGGCGGGCCCAACAGGCGUGCAAUUUCGCACCAGCUUGCGCAGACCCCGCGAAGUUUUUUUGCACGAGGAUUUGGCCCGGCGACAUUCCGGGCUCCCGGCCCUUUUGACGGCAGCAUCUGCGCGCCCCAACUCAGGCGUGGCAAUUGCGGCCAGUUUCAAACACUUGAAGAAGAAGUACCUGAAGUACAAGACCGCCCGGGGACCAAAGAGCAAACCGUGGCUUCAAAUGCGAGCCUUGUUGCCCGAUGGCUUGCUCCAGAGCAGUCUUUGUGCCACGUGGCACCACAGAGGCUUCAGCGGGGAACGCUUGACCUUGGAGACUGGCUACGACUUCAGCCAGGUACAGUGCGGCAGCGCCGCUGUCCGGCGGGCUCUCGCUUCUCGGCCCCGACGUUCCUGGAUCAGCGUGCCCUGCACUGCCUACACCAUCAUGCAAAACCUGAGGAAAAAGACCUUGCAGAGCCAGAAGAAAUUGAAGAGACAAAGGCUGCAUGCCAGGCGAAUCAUUCGCCAGACACUUCGCGUGGCUCGGGCAACAGUUCGGGGCGGCGGGGAUCUUUACUGGGAGUGGCCGCUGCGGUGUCGGGCUUGGAAGCUGCGCUUGAUGCGCAGGUUGGAGCAGUGGCUUGGCCGCAAGGGCAAGACCGUGUUCAAGGUCAGGGUCGACGGCUGCCAGUACGGGUUAAAAAACCCAGCUACAGGAAACUACCUUCAAAAGUCGUGGCUGUUGCUCACGACGGACGCACGUUUGCAGCAGGUCUCCCGCGUUUGUUCCCGAGAGCACCGCCGACAGUUUGAGCACGAGCCAAUCCAGGGCCAAGCGUUGACGAGCAGCACAGCUUUUUAUCCCCAAGGGUUGGUGGAUGCGAUUUU